AUGCCAGGUCAGCAGUCCGUCUCAGCAAUAUUCAUUGGCCUUGUCCUUUUUCAUUCCGAACGACUCCGAGAUCUAAGAUGGCCUGAAUUCGACCAAUGGACUCGCUGCCACACAUGGGGUUACGGAAGGGCUUGCCAGUCUGCGCCAACACGGCAGGGAGCCGAAAACCAACAAACUCCUACUGACGAUCCCUGUCGACUGAACAUGAUUGUGCUGUUCAGUAAUACCUGCUUAACGGCACUGCCACGCGAGCAGAUUGGACGUGCCUUUGUGAAGACACGGCUGAUCUUCAGUGGCGUCAUGACACAGCAUACCGUCAUGAUGGUCAUGUCAGAUUGGAUGACCCGACUAUGGCUAUGCCUCGAUGGCUGCGACCGCAUCUGCAACCGUGAAAAGCCUUACGCAGGCCAGUUUCGAUCCUCUCUGUUCAAGUCGUCCACCACGCCGCUCAGCACGAAGCAGCAAAUUGGGGCAACAUACGAGACCGCAACCAUGCCGAAUAAUCGCCUAGCUGUGCCGCCGGCACUUCUUCGCUCGAAACGGGAUCGACUUCAACUCAAAAGGGAGACAGAUACUAUUCUGCGGUCAGGAACGGCGAUGUAG